AUGAGCCAGCAGCGCUACAGUUCCAGGUCUCUUAGCGGAAGACAGUCUGGCUCAGCCAUCAGCAGUGGAUUUAGGGGUGGCAACAAUUCGUCUUCCAUCGGCUAUCCUGGAGCAGGCAGAUGUGAGGGCUACAGCCAUAUACUUUCUGGCAGAAGCCUUGGCGGAUAUGGAGGAAGUGCUGGCGGAUACAGUGCGGGCUUUAGGGAUUAUAGCAGCUUGGGUCAUGGUUCUAAGCCUGUGGGCUAUGGUAUUGGGCUCACAGGCUGUGGGGCAGGAGUUGUCAGGCCUGGGGCCUUUACUAGUCACAGCGCAGGAGGCUAUGGCCAGAACGGAGGAUUCAGCAGCCAAAGCCUUGGCAGUUAUGGCAACGGAUAUAGAUGUGGUGGCUUCAGCAGCCGAAGUCUUGGUGGUGGUUAUGGUAGACGCUAUAGUAUGGUAGGCCUUGGCAACCAAAGUCUGGGCAGCAGAGGCAUUUGUGGUGGUGGUCUUAUCUGUGGUGAGCUGGGCUAUGUGCCCAUUGGCCGCUUUGGUGAUAACACUGGGAUCCACGCAGUCAGGGUGAAUGCAAACCUCCUGCGGCCCCUCGGCAUACAGAUUGAUCCCGAGAUUUCUCGAGUGAAAGAGGAAGAGCGAGAGCAAAUAAAAACUCUCAAUGACCAGUUUGCCGGCUUCAUUGACAAGGUUAGGCACGUGGAGCAACAGAAUAAACUCCUGGAAACCAAAUGGAACUGCCUGCAGCAACAAGGGCCCAUUGAAAAGAAAAGUACUAAGCACCUCUUUGAGAAUUACAUCGCAUCCCUGAGGACGCAGUUAGACUUCUUGCUGAAUGAGAGGGAGCAGCUGCAAAUGGAGCAAGCUAAAUUCCAAGAUGUUGUUGAAGAGUAUAAAAGCAGAUACGAAGAAGAAAUCAACCGACGGAUGGUUGCAGAGAACGAUUUCGUGGUGCUGAAGAAGGAUGUAGACUGUGCCUAUACGAAUAAGGUGGAGCUGGAAGUGAAAGUGGAAGCCUUAAGACAGGAGUUCGACUUCCUCAGAUGUGUCCAUGAAGCCGAAAUCGAGAGCCUCCAGACGACAACGUGCGACACCAGUGUUAUUGUGUCUAUGGACAACAGUCGAGAACUGGACAUGGAGGGAAUAAUGAACUCUGUGAGAUGUCAAUACGAGGAGAUUGUGCAGAAGAGCAAGGAUGAGGUCAAUGCUCUAUAUGAAACCAAGUACCAAGAGCUGCAGAGCGCCUGGGGACGUCAGAGUGACAACCUGUGCAGGGACCACCGUGAAAUCAAAGACCUCACCCGUCUCAUCCAGAGACUCAAGGCUGAUAUGGAAAAUGCCAAAAAACAGAUUGAUGUACUGCAGACAGGCAUUGCUGACAAUGAGCAGCGGGGUGAGUCCACCUUGAAGGAUGCCAAAGCAAAACUUGCUGAGGUGGAGAACGCCCUACAGCACUCGAAGGACGAGCUCGCUCACCUGAUAAGGGAUUACCAGGAGCUGCUGAAUGUUAAGAUAUCCCUGGAUAUGGAGAUUGCAAUGUACAAGUCACUUCUGGAAGGAGAAGAGAGCAGGUUAUAUAAUACUACUCCUACUAACAUAUCUGUGGUGGGCAGCUCCAAUAUCUCUGUACCUGCUGGGCCAAUAUACAGCAGUGCUGUGGGUGGAUCUGAGCUUGGAAGGAGAGGUGUUUAUGGCCCUGGCUCAGGAGGUUAUAGCCAGAGAAACACCAGCAGCAGUGGAAAAAGCAACACCAGAAGUGUCAGCUUUGGCUACAAAACUGGAAAUAGCUCUAUGAGUGGAGGACACCUUUCUAGAUGCUCCAUCAACUCUGAAUUUGGGCAGUGUGGUACCAACAGCAACAUGAUGAGCAGUUCUAACGUCUUCCUUAGAGUUUUUGGCACAGCAGCUGCAGACCCAGGAACCGCCAUGCCGCUGUAA